UCACCAUCAUCGCCAUCAUCGUUUUGAGCUGUGCUUCUUCGUCUCCUUUGUUCUCCACCUUUACUCAACCCGAAGCAAAGCAACCCUUCUCCCUCUCUCUCUCUGCUCUGUAGACUUUGAAGAAGAAAGGCAUGCCGAUUUCAGUGAUCGAGCGGCGGUUUCUUGAGGAAUUCUAUUAGCUCCGAUUUCAUCGUAUCCGAUACAUAUCGACUCUCUCUUGUCCGGAGAGAAGCCGUGAUCGGCUCUCUCCGAUCAAGCUACUGUCUUUUUUUUUUUUACCCUCAGUUGCCUGAGAAUCUCUCGGUGAUAUUGAGCUUCGGCUUCGCAGCUUCAGACACACUGAGGCUCUCUCUUCUCUCUGUGUGUCUGAGGAAUUAAUUCAUCGUACAUGUUCUUGCUGGAGCUAUAACGGCAGGUUCGGAGAGCGACGGACUUGGCCGUCUUUGGGUCGAUUCGCGCUGAUUAUUUUGAAAGUUCUGGAAUUUCUUUUGUGGGUUUGAUCGAGCGAUCCAAGAAUGUUGGGUUGCGAGUGUAUUUGCUGGGAAGAUGUCUCCGAAUUCUAUCCUCUGGAGCCAGAGCCCUUCUCUCUGCCUUCGCCUCUUCCCAACUGGCCUCAAGGCAACGCUUUCGGUGCUGGAACUAUACGACUGGGCGAAAUUGAAGUAGUUAAAAUCACAGAGUUUGAGAGAGUCUGGUGCUGCAGCCUGCUGCGUGCGAAGAUGCAUGGAGUCACUUUUUAUAGACCUUUGGGAAUACCAGAUGGAUUCUGUUGUCUUGGUUACUACUGCCAGCCUAAUGACAAGCCGUUGAGAGGCUAUGUUCUUGUGGCUCGGGAAACCAUUGACCACGACAGUUGUUGGGAUCAUAGCCAUGUCACUGCUCUAAGUUCCCCAGCCAUGAAAAGGCCGCUCAACUACAAACUAAUAUGGAAGGCCGACUCAGAUCAAAAUGGUUCUGGAUAUUUUUGGCUACCAAAUGCACCCUUGGGUUAUAGAGCCAUGGGCAUUCUUGUUACUGACAAUCAGGAUGAGCCUGACAUUGAUGAAAUCAGAUGCGUGCGAGAAGAUCUCACAGAGGAUUGCGAGCCUUGCAACCUGAUGUUUAACGUGCAACCAAAGAAUGCCCAAUACCCAUUUCGUAUAUGGGCCACGCGGCCUUGCAAGCGGGGAAUGUGGGGAACUGGUGUUUCUGUUGGUACAUUCUUCUGUGAUUCAUUCUUCGAUAUAGAGGAACAGCUAGAUAUAGCCUGCUUGAAGAAUGUCGAUUGCUCAUUGCAUGCGAUGCCAAAUUUAGACCAGAUCCAUGCACUAAUAAGGCAUUACGGGCCCACUGUUUUCUUCCAUCCUGAUGAGGUUUAUAUGCCUUCAUCUGUACAAUGGUUCUUCAAGAACGGAGCGCUCUUAUAUGAAUAUGGAAAAGAUCAAGGGGAACCAAUCAAGUAUGAUGGUUCGAAUUUGCCUCGUGGAGGGUGUAAUGAUGGGGAGUUCUGGAUAGAUUUGCCAGAUGAGGAGGCGGCAAGAAAUCGUGUCCAGGAUGGAGACCUGGAGAGCGCAGAGCUCUAUGUACAUGUUAAACCAGCACUCGGAGGUACAUUUACCGAUAUCGUGAUGUGGGUCUUUUGCCCUUUCAAUGGACCUGCAACCCUGAAAAUAGGCUUGAUGACUGUUCCAAUGACCAGGAUAGGGCAGCAUGUGGGCGACUGGGAGCAUUUCACUCUCCGUGUGAGCAACUUUACUGGAGAAUUGUGGAGUGCAUAUUUCUCCCAGCACAGUGGCGGUGGAUGGGUCAAUGCUUCUGACUUGGAAUACAUUGAGGGGAAUAGGCCAAUGGUUUUCUCUUCUAAAUGUGGUCAUGCGAGUUUCCCGCACCCUGGGACCUAUCUCCAAGGAUCGUCCAAGCUGGGAAUAGGAGCGAGAAACGAUUGCGCUCGAAGCGAGUUCUAUGUAGAUUCAAGCAAGAAGUAUCAGAUCAUUGCAGCUGAGUAUCUUGGUGAUGGUGUGGUAAACGAACCUUGUUGGCUACACUACAUGAGGGAGUGGGGUCCGACCAUCACAUACGACUCGAGAUCUGAAGUCGAUAAGAUAAUAAAUCUGCUCCCUUUCUUUGUGAGGUUCUCUGUGGAAAACCUCUUUGACUUGUUUCCGACAGAGCUUUACGGCGAGGAGGGGCCAACAGGACCCAAAGAGAAAAAUAACUGGUUGGGAGAUGAGAGGGACUAAGCUUGACGAUAAUUAAAUUGUUCUGUUGUCAUAUACAAGAGGAAGUGGUUCCAGCGCGGUCAGCUCUGAAGAACUAGCUCGUUAGAUCAUGCUCAUGGAUCAGAGCGGCGAGUUAAGAAAGCGAGUUUGUGUACCCUUGUGAAGGAAUCAUUUUUCAGUCUUGUUCGAAGGAAUGCCACUCAAAGAUGCUACUCAGUCGUGAUGCAACUGCAGUCAUGCUUUUGAGAGAGAGAGAGAGAGAGAGAGAGAGAGAGAGAGAGUGUGUGUGUUGUUAUUAGAAAGGAGGGUAUGUGCCUGCCAUGAUGUAGAGAUUGCAGUCAUCAAAUGAAAAUUCAAUUCCCCAAUUUCUCUGGUAAAGCUCCCUCGGGUUUAACAGAGAGCUCUAGAAAUAUAACUUUUCU